UGUAUGUCACAUACAAAUGGAAAUUGUACUUGACUAUAAUUUAGUCAUUGUCUCCUCUCUUCCUCUAUCUCUUCCCAAGAGAGAAAGAGAACCACCCAAAAUAAAAAAUGGCAAUUAACGCCACUGUAGAGGAGCGGAAAACACCCUUGCUAGGCUACACAUCCUCAGCUGUGGCAUCAAAAUACGAAGAUCAAUUAGCUCUUUCACAGAGGGUCUGGAUUGAAUCAAAGAAGCUUUGGCACAUUGUUGGCCCUUCAAUCUUCAGCCGCAUCGCCACCUUCUCCAUGCUCGCCAUCACCCAAGCUUUUGCUGGCCACCUUGGUGAGCUUGAGCUUGCUGCUAUGUCCAUUGCCACUAAUGUCAUUAUUGGUUUCAACCUCGGUCUCUUGUUGGGAAUGGCAAGUGCUCUUGAAACUCUAUGUGGACAGGCUUUUGGGGCCAAAAAGUACUACAUGUUGGGCGUGUACAUGCAACGCUCUUGGAUUGUUCUAUUUGGGUGUUGUGUGUUGCUUUUGCCUAUGUAUGUAUUUGCUUCUCCAAUCUUGAAGCUAUUGGGUCAGCCUCCAGAUGUGGCUGAUCUAUCUUCUACCGUGGCCUUGUGGAUGAUUCCGAUUCACUUUAGCUUUGCCUUUCAGUUCCCUCUGCAGAGGUUCUUGCAGAGUCAGCUGAAGACCGGUGCGAUUGCGUGGGUUUCUCUGGUGGCUCUGGUGGAGCAUGUGGCUGUGAGUUGGUUUUUUGUGUAUAGGCUUAAGCUUGGAGUGGUUGGGGCUGCUCUUACUCUGUGUCUCUCUUGGUGGAUUUUGGUUUUUGGGCUGUUUGGUUAUACUGUUUGUGGUGGGUGUCCUCAUACUUGGACUGGUUUCUCCAUUGAAGCCUUAUCAGGUCUUUGGGAGUUUGUGAAACUCUCUGCUGCUUCUGGGGUCAUGCUUUGUUUGGAGAAUUGGUAUUACAGAAUACUGAUAUUGAUGACUGGAAACCUAAACAAUGCAAAAAUUGCACUGGAUGCUUUAUCUAUAUGUAUGACCAUUAAUGGAUGGGAGAUGAUGAUUCCUUUUGGGUUCUUUGCUGGAGCUGGAGUUAGGGUUGCAAACGAGCUCGGAGCAGGAAAUGGAAAAGCUGCCAAGUUUGCUACAACAGUUUCAGUGGUGACAUCUAUGGUGAUCGGUCUCUUCUUCUGGCUAUUGAUUAUGAUAUUCCACAAUGAAAUUGCCUUGCUGUUCUCCUCCAGUAAACCUGUUCUAGAAGCAGUACACAAAUUGUCACUCCUCUUAGCUUUUACUAUUCUCCUCAACAGCGUCCAACCAGUUCUAUCUGGGGUAGCGGUUGGAUCGGGAUGGCAAUCAUAUGUGGCUUACGUUAACAUUGGUUGCUACUAUGUGAUUGGAGUCCCACUUGGAUUUGUAAUGGGAUGGGUUUUCCACCAAGGUGUUAUGGGUAUAUGGGCUGGGAUGAUUUUUGGUGGCACUGCAAUUCAAACUCUGAUAUUGGUCAUCAUGACAAUUAGAUGUGAUUGGGAAAAAGAGGCAGCGAAGGCAAGCAUGCAUGUAGAGAAUUGGGGAGGCAUGAAUUGAUAGUUUUUUCUUUUAGGAGAAACUCAGAAUGCUGAAGAUUGGUUCAAGUGUUCUAGCUAAAUGAGUGAAUGGUUUGGGUGUCACAAUUUAUUCUGAUUUUUGUGAAUACCAUAACUUUGAUCAAAUAAUAUUUGAAUAAUGGUAGCCACUAUGUAUAUGUACUGCAUAUAAAGAUGAUGUGUAUAAUAUUCAAGGUCGGGGUUGUACUCAGAAUCUUUACUUCUUUUCAGUAAUUACUCAGAAUCUUUACUUUGGUUGGACAAACUAGUAUGAAACAAGUUUUAUUUUUUUGGUAA